CAGAGAGAGACACAUUUCACAUGGAUACCAACACCAACGUUACAUGAAAUCCCGAAACUGUAGGACUAUAAAAUACUGGUGUGAUAUAUGAGACCUGCCUGAAGGAGAGAGAGAGAGAGAGAUGAAAGUAGAAGGCAGUGCUAUCCCAAAGCUGCGCCCACUCAAAGAUGUCUUCCCAUGGAGAGAGUUCUCCUACACAGCCCGUCUGAGCCCCACAGAGACCCACGACACAGCUGGAUGGCUCGACACUCUGACUGCCCUCAACAAUCCUCAUCCACCCCACCCCAUCUGUGAGAGAAUGCACCCCAGUGGCACCCACUGCUCUGCCCCGGAGGAGAGCCGCAAGACCCCCACAGACCCUGGAGAGGCUCAGCUGGACUUCUACCGUAAACUGGGCUACUCCCCAGCGCAGGUCCGGACCGUGCUGCAGAAGUUUGGCCUGAACACAGACACUAACAGGGUUCUGGGGGAGCUGGUGCGGACUGGAGUCAGCCCAGAAGGGAUGGAGAAGGAGUGGGAGAAGGAGGGCGCCCCAUCUACCAUGUCUAUCCUGGUGACCCGAGGGGAGACCCUCAGUAACCUGCCCCUCACCCCUCCACCCAGCCGGGAGGAUGCAACCAGUGAGGAGGGAGAUGCCCUGAGACCCAUAGUGAUCGAUGGGAGCAACGUGGCUAUGAGCCACGGGAACAAGGAAGUGUUUUCCUGCCUGGGAAUCCAGCUGGCGGUAAACUUCUUCCUGGACAGAGGUCAUACUGAUAUCACCGUGUUUGUUCCCUCAUGGAGGAAGGAGCAGCCUAGACCAGAUGUCCCCAUCACAGAACAACACAUUUUGCGUGAGCUGGAGAGGAAGAAGAUCGUGGUGUUCACCCCUUCGCGGCGGGUAGCGGGCAAACGGGUGGUCUGCUAUGAUGAUCGCUUCAUCGUCAAGCUGGCGCAUGAGUCCGACGGCAUCAUCGUGUCCAACGACACCUACCGUGACCUUCAGGGCGAGAGGCAGGAGUGGAAGCGCUUCAUUGAGGAGAGGCUACUCAUGUACUCCUUCGUCAAUGACAAGUUCAUGCCCCCUGAUGACCCUCUGGGUCGCCAUGGUCCCACCCUGGAGAACUUUCUACGGAAGGUUCCUCGGUUACCACGGAAACAGCCAUGUCCUUAUGGAAGGAAAUGCACUUACGGGAUGAAGUGUAAAUUCUACCACCCGGAACGAGCCAACCAAUCUAAUCGCUCUCUGGCUGACGAGCUGCGGGAGAAGGCCAAGCUGUCUUUAUCACAACAUAAACACCCCAACACAGGUGCUGGACCUGCCAAUGGCCUUUCCCUGGACGAGAAUACGGCUCAGAAACUGACCCUAGAACAGUGGAAUGGCUCCCUGAAGAAAGGCCACAUCAGUGAGAAUGUGCUUCUGCUCAAGGGAAGCCAUCGUUCCAGCCGGAGGUCCCCAGCCAAGAAGGACAAGUCCAACCGACACUUCAUGACCGACCUGGACUCGGCCCUGCCCAGUGGCUCUCACUCCCCGACCGACCUGGACUCGGCCCUGCCCAGUGGCUCUCACUCCCCGACCGACCUGGACUCGGCCCUGCCCAGUGGCUCUCAGGAGCGACUAGAUUCUGGUCUUGGCUCCUUCGAGAGCCAAGCGUCUGACCCCUCCAGGGACCACUGUGACCGCUAUGGGACGGCUGGGUACAGGAACUGCCAGUCCACCCCCAGUAUGAGACAACAACUCUAUUCCCUGCCUAGCAACCCGCCUUGUAGCUGCGGCUCUCAUCCUCCUCAGCCUUUACUGGGCCCCAGCGCAGGAUACCAACAACAUCACAGCAGGGGCCCAGCCAGCACCCACAACCCAGGCAUGAUAACCUACUACCCACCCUAUUACCUCAACUAUGGGGCACCAAUGUAUCCAGUUGGUAAGCAUCACUACAGCCACCCCAAUGACUUCCAACAGCAGGGCAGUGCCCAUCCUCCACAGCAGACCUACUGGUCCGAUCCAUUCGGGACUUAUCCUCAGACUCUCCUUAGCGCUGCUCAGGAGGCGAAGCAGAGACACUGGCCCUUCCCCCAGACACAGCCCCACCCCCACGGGGAGGGCAGGGAGAGGGAGGAGGUCAGGAAGAAGCUGCUGGCCAUCUUUCACCGCCGUCUGGUGGACAAGGCCAUGGACAUGUUCCCCCAGCUCAUGGACCCACAGAGAUUGGCUGCUGAGAUCCUCACCCUGCAGUCUCAGGGCCUGUGAUUGGCUCGUGGCUCUGGUCUGGUGGGGACUGGGAAUUGUAGUUUCUUUCAAUUGAAAGAAUCUCUUGUGAAAGACUGCAAGCUACUGUAAAGAUCUGUGUUGUGUCCAAGGUUAAGUAGUGUUUUCCACUUUGGGGAAACAUUGAUCUUCCUACUGUAUGUGCUGUGCCAAAGGUGUUCUUGCCACGUGUUUCAGGACCCGGGUUGCUUAUAUUGCUUCCGAUAGCGUGAAACCUGAGGCAAUGGAUUGUUGAUGCAAAUUGCAUCUUUUGGGGGGGAAAUAAUUAUUUCUAGACCAUUGAAUGUAUUCGAUGGGUAAAUGUAAUGUAUUUGAGGAGCAAUAUUCUUACAGUAUGCAUGUACAUAUGUAUGAUGUAGUGUUCUAAGGUCUAUGUAUCAAGAUGAGUUAUGGCAUAAAGAGUUUUAUUUGUAUUUUGUAUUUAUUAUGGAUCCCCAUUAGCUGCUGCCUUGGCAACAGCUACUCUUCCC